UUGUGGUGCUUGUGGCUUGUUUGUGUCUGCCUUGUGGUGCUUGUGGCUUGUUUGCGUCUGCCUUGUGGUGUGCUUGUGGCUUGUUUGUGUCUGCCUUGUGGUGCUUGUGGCUUGGUGAUGUGCGUCUGCCUUGUGGUCUUGUAGUGACCUUCAGAAUGGAGGGCGGAGGCAAUUUAACAUGGACUGGAUCCGUGCAGGAAAAUUAACCCCUUUGUAAUUAUGGCUGAUGAGUAUCCAGAGCAAAAUACGUUAUCAUCCUUAAUCAAAAAGCCUCCAUCAGACUGUACAGAAGCUGAGCAAGAUAGUGACAGUGUGUGGAGCAGUGCCUCAGAGUGCCAGAGUGAAAUCGAAAGCAGAGGAACGUCAUCGGCCGAAUUAUUCUCAAAUGAACCUCCUACAGUGCGAAUGAGACCAGAUGACGAGGAUGAGAUUGAGACAUUAAUCCGAGCUGCAGAAUUGCUGGCAUUAGAAAGAGCAAAGCUUCGACAGUCUAACUUUAAUACAUCAAGGGAUAUAUCAGCUCCUAAGGAAAACACACCAAAGGGCCCUCAAGAAGAGCUAAGACUUAACACUCCCUUGAACAAUAUAAAGAACUAUUACAGCCAUUCAGAAAAAUUUGUUGGGGAUAUUGAUUCAGGUUAUUUUGGUAACAACAAAGAACCCAACAGAGGUGAUGAAACUCUGACCUCUGGAGGCUUUUUUCAUGAAUCUAAUAUACAAGCUGCGAAUGGAGUAAAUGGAAAGUUCACUCACGUGUUUGCCUCUGAUAACGAGAUACCAAGAAAUCACUCCCAUUCAUCACACAGCACCAGCCGAGAUUCACAAACCAGAGAUCACUUCUUCACACCCAGCCUUGAGACAGCAGAAAAAAUGAAUGUGGAUGAUAUACCACGAUUAUCUCUAGAUUCCAUGGGCAGCAUGAAUCAUGACAGGGAGGCCUACGAGGAGAGAGCAAGAGUAAGCAAAGAUGUGAAAGAAGUGUGUAAUUCCUCGAUCCGAGAGUUUGCAAGUGAAGAAUCUCAGAAUCCCCAAGGAAGACCAUCAUUAGGGGGACUUAGUGAUAGAGUCCCAUUUCGUGAGAGUUUUAGGAAUGGGACUUCAGUUGAGAUAUCGACUGCUGUGCAUGACGAGUGCAGUAAACUGUUGAAAUUAUCCCUCAACUCAACCAGCAGUCUUGCACAUGUUCUGAGGCUGCUGCGCCAGGUGCUGACUUUGCAGCUGAAAACAGAGACGUCUUGCGUGGCUGAUAAUGCACUCGAAGAACUAGAGGAGUAUGAAGCCCAGCAUUCUACCUUGGAGGCCAAGCUUAACUCGGCAGCAGUCCAGCUACAGGGAGUCGUGUCGCAGAUGCAGGGUGUGGAGGCUCGUCUAAUAGAGCAGGAGGAGGAUGCAGCUCGAACGGAUCAGUGUGUUAUGCAGUUGUUGCAACAAGUUGAAGAAGGACUUUCAACAAGUGGCUUAGAGCAUUUCAUGGCCAUCACUUCUCCAAGAAGACGAAGCACCUUGCGGACCUUAGAAGAUAUUACAUCGGCAAUGACGCUCUUGCUUGGAGAACUCAAGAGGAAAACGUCUCGUUCGCGCAGUCUAGAGGAGGAACUUCAGAGGUGCGCCCACGAAAUAGACUCGCUGAGAGAGGCCGUCCUCCAGAAAGAAGCAAGAAUGAGAACUUCAGAUCUUGAACUUCUGCGGCUAAAGGAGCACAACAGCCGGGACUACACCUCCCUGAAGCAGUGCUUGGCGCAAGCGGAGGAGAGCCUGAAUGACUCACACACAGAGAGAGCACGUCUAAGUGAGCUCAUCAAGAAACAGACAGCUGAGCAUGAGGGAAUAAGGCAAAGACUUCAGCAGCAAGUUUCCGAGCUUCAGCGAACAAUGGACUCAAGAGUAAGUGAGCUGGAACACGGACUCCAUAAUGCUCUUAAGAAGAAUCAAGCAGAUGAGUCUACGAUAGAUGAGCUUCGGAAUCAGCUGAGUCUCAAAGCAGAUCAGGUCAAACUGGUAGAUGAGGAGAAUGGACUUUUAGUUGAAGGGUUGAGGUCAACUCUGAAGCACCAGCAAGCGGAAAUAGACCAGUUGCGCUUGCAGUUCGACUCGACAGUGGCUGAAAAGCAGAGCCUGUCAAAGAGGGUUGUAGAUCUAGAGACUGAACUCCAUGCGGAACAAGAAAAGCAUCAGAAAGUCCAAGAGGAAGCAUCGGCAUUAAGGUCCGAGGUUCGAAGUCUCAAAGUCGAGCACGCUGAAACUCUGAAGGUCUUACAAGACAAAGUGGAUAAUAGCAUGGCUGUGAAAUGUGAUCUGGAGCGACAGAUACGAUCGGCCGAUUUUAAGUUUCUGCAGCUGCGGACUGAGAUGCAGAUGGAAAGGCAUCGGUCAGCAGCUCUGGCAGAGGAAAACAGUGAUGCUAACAAGAAGAUUCAAAACCUGCAAGAACGUAUUUGGAGCCUAACGCGCAGGAAAAGAUUUAGUAGCGGCGACAAAAGCAAAAGCUUCGAUGACAGCCGGACUGGUGCAUCUUCCUCCAGAGACUCAAGUUCAGAAUACGGAAGCUGUAUCAGCCUCUUUUCCUCAAGCUUAAGAGCUGAUACUGUUGACCACGUGCAGUCUCUGGUGAAGGAUGUUGGUGAUGGACAGAUGAGAGAGGAACAGCUUCAUGUAAUGCUGCGUGAGAAGGAUCUUGCUAUACGUAGCUUACAGGAGUCUGUGUCUACCCAGAUUACCAGUAAAAAUCAAGAACUUGAAGCCCUGACGGGGAAAGUAUCAAGCCUUGAAGAACAGCUUACAUCAUUACUCUCAGGACUUGAAGUCAGUGCAGCUAUUGGAAAUGUGACAACAGAAGUAGGUCGCCUUCUUCAGCAAAGAACAGAGCAUUUGAAAUCCAUUGACCACUCCUCACAGUGGCUUCAGGAGGAAGUGUCCUCUCUUGCAAUGGAGAACCACAUCCUAACUGCAGAAUUAGAUGCUACAAAGAAAAAUCAAUUGGGACUAUCAUCAGAAGCACAGGAUUCAGCAAGAAGGGCUCGUGAAGAAGCACGACAGGAAAGACUGAAUGCUACGCGCAUGCAGGAAAAAUGCUUGCGCUUGCAGGCACAACUGGAAGCAGUGCAGACAACUUUAGAUCAAGAAAGACAAGAAAAGAAGAUGAGGGAGACAGUUCGAGGUGUCAAGCAUCAAGAAUUCAGCUUGCUUCUUGAAAAUGCUGCUGCAGUUCAAGAUUCUCUCGAAAAAAUCUGAUCAUUUGAAGUGAGCUUAGAAUCUUUACACGAAGGUGAUACAUGUCACUUUAUCUUUUUAAUAAAAGAAUGGGAUAAACUGUACCAUGAUGUAUUAGACAUGUUUGCAGAUGAAACCAAAUUAAACUUAAUAAGAAAAAAGGUAAUGAGUAAUGCUUAUUCCAGAAUUCUUAAAUUUCCCCAGAAACGAUUCUCAUACUCAUGUGUGCAGUGGCUAGGUUUUUUUUAAAGAUUUAUCAUUGAUUCCGGUGCACAAUAAAAUAUAUCAGAUAACAUCCAUUUGAUACAGAUAGUGAUAAGCAUAUUAAUGGCAAUGUUUUUACUGGUCAUUUAUGACUCUUAUUUGAUUUAUAGAUCUUUGCAAAUCACCAAAUAAAGUCAUGUUGCAAAAUCUCUUAGUUUUGUACAAGUUCUGCUCAUAUAUAACGAAAACAGAAGAUGUGAUUUGUCAUAUUUGUUUGCACUUUUGUAGAGACAUACACUUUGUCCUAUGUUCUUUAGCCAAAGAAUGUGGUAUUUACCAUUGCACUUAGGAUAUUACAUAGAUUAGGUUAUAUUGAGGAUCAUUUAAUGUAUGUAUCUUGAUAGUGAGGUGUUUUAUUUUGUAAUAUAUAAUCUUGGAUAUUAUAUCUUACUUGAUUC